AUGGAGGAUUAUAUUAUAUUAAGUAAAUGUGGGCAGGGUACAUAUGGCAGUGUUUUUAAAGGAAUACAUAAGAUUACUCAUUCGUUAGUUGCUUUAAAAAGGGUAACGGAUAUUGCUCAAGAAGAUGGCGAACCAGUAGAGGUUAAAUAUCUAAAUCAAUUAAAAAAUCUAUCAAAUAUAGUUAAUUUAAGAGAUCACUUUUAUAUAGAUAAAAAUAGUGUUUUAGUUUUGAUUAUGGAAUUUAUAGAGGGUGACCUUUGGAAGAUUAUGUCAAACCCUCAAUGCACUUUAUCACUUGGUCAAAUUAAAAACUUUACAAAACAAUUAUUGGAAGGUGUAAAACAAUGCCAUGUUAAUGGUAUAAUGCAUAGAGAUAUCAAACCUGCAAAUUUAUUGAUAACCACAAAUGGUGUUUUAAAAUUAACAGAUUUUGGAUUAUCAACAUCAUAUUCAAAAAGAAGUGAAAAAUUUUUAUCAAGUAAUGUUGUUUCAUUAUAUUAUAGACCACCAGAAUUAUUAUUGGGGUCAUGUAUAUAUGGUCCAGAGAUUGAUAUGUGGUCAGUUGGUUGUAUAUUAAUGGAGAUGAUCAAUAAUUCUUAUUUGUUUGCAGGUGCUGAUGAAACUGCUCAAUUAGAUUUAAUUUUUAAGUUAUUUGGUUGUCCAACUGAAAAAUCUUGGCCUGGUGUCUCAUCAUUACCAGGUUAUAACGAUUUAUUUAAUAAACAACAACAACAACAACAAAAUGAAAAUAAUUAUAGCAAACAACAUAAUAACAAUAACAAUAAUAAUAAUAAUAAUAAUAAUAAUAAUAAUAAUAAUAAUAAUAAUAAUAAUAAUAAUAAUAAUAAUAAUAAUAAUAAAUAUAAUAAUAUAUCAACUUCAUGUUUACAAUCACCAUCUUCUUCACCACCAAUUGGUGGCUAUGCUUCAUCAUUAUCAUCAGAUUUUAAUAGUAAUGAAUAUAAUGGUUAUAAUCAAACCUUUUCAAAUGAAGAUUGCUUGGCAAUCUCUCAAAAAAAAUUAAUAGAUAAAUUUCCACAUCUUGUUUUAUUGCCAAGCGUUUUGGAUUUGGCAUCCAAAAUGUUGACAUUAGAUCCAAAGAAGAGAAUAAAUAGUUUAGAAGCACUCGAGCACCCUUGGUUUAAAUCAUCUAAUGAUAUGGAUCAAAUAGUACCUUUCUCAAAAGAUUUUACCGAUUUAGCAAAUCGUUAUAUUGCUAGUACUCGACAAUUACAACAACAACAACACCAUCAUCAACAACAACAACAACAACAACAACAACAACAACAACAACAACAACCUCAUCAACAACAAUUAAUUCAAAGACAACACCAAGAACAACAGCAACAACAAUUAAUUCAAAGACAACAAGAGCAAUCAAAGCAACAAUUAAUUCAACACCAUCAACAAUCGGUUAACCAACAACAAUUGGCUCAACAACAACAAUUGGCACAACAUCAACAAUAUAACUCACAACAACACCAACAACACCACCAACAACAACACCAACAACACCAACAACACCAACAACAACAACAACAACAACAACAACAACAACAACAACAACAACAACAACAACAACAACAACAACAACAACAACAACAACAACAACAACAAUAUCAUCAACAUCAGCAACAAUAUCAUCAAUAUCAACAACAAUACCAUCAACCAUCACAACAACAACAACAACAACAACAACAACAACAACAACAACAACAACAACAACAACAACAACAACAACAACAACAACAACAACAACAACAACAACAACAACAACAACAACAACAACAACAACAACAACACCAAUACCAACCCCCACAACAAUACAACCAUCAACCCCCACAACACCAACACCAACACCAACACCAACACCAACACCAACACCAACACCAACACCAACCACAACCACAACACCAACACCAACCACAACCACAACCACAACCAACACCAACACCAACACCAACAUCAACACCAACAACAACAACAAUACCACCAACCAUCACAACAACAAUACAACCAACCAUAUCAAAAUCAAAUGGAUAA